CAUCAACCGGGGCCAUUAGACAGACACCGUAUUUUUUUUUCAAGAAUAUCUCUUUUUUUAUAUAUUAUUUUCGUAUCAUUAUUUCCUUGGUAAGGCGAAGCGAUUCACCGUUUUCUCGUCGUCUUCCUCAACUGAAAAAAUAGAAUAUAGAAAUAAAAGAGAGAGAGAGAGAGAGAGAGAGAGAGAGAAGGGAAAGGAGCUUAUCGAAAAGGGCGAAGCCCUUUGCAUGUAGCUUGAUUCUCUAUCUCUCGAUUCUACUGCUAUGGGAUCUAAUCCGCCUAAUUCAGGAAAUACUCCACCACCAAAACCUUGGGAGAGAGCUGGGACAUCAUCUGGUCCUGCACCUUUCAAACCCCCGUCUUCAGGAAACACAAGUGAAGUUGUAGAAGCCUCAGGAACAGCAAAACCCGGUGAAGUUGUUUCAACUGUUAAUACAACUGCGAACAUAACCCCUCUUGCAAGACCGGUACCCGCAAGACCUUGGCAACAGCAGCAGAACUAUGGAAACAGCUAUGGAGGAUAUGGUUCAAAUAUGAACUACAAUUCAGGCUAUGGCUCAGGCAUGUAUAAUAGCUCAUCAUAUGGGGGGUCUGGAGGAAGCUUAUAUGGAGGUGGGCUUUAUGGUAGUAACAGCAUGUAUGGAGGUGGGUAUGGGGGAGGGCUUUAUGGAGGGUCAGGAAUGUAUGGAGGAGGCAUGUAUAAUAGUGGAUUUGGAGGUCAAAUGGGAGGUUAUGGAAUGGGCAUGGGAGGUCCAGGUCCUUAUGGCAAUCAGGAUCCAAACGAUCCAUUUGGUGCUCCUCCAUCUCCUCCUGGUUUCUGGAUGUCCUUUCUUCGUGUGAUGCAUGGGGUUGUAAACUUCUUUGGUCGGAUCUCAGUUCUCAUCGAUCAGAACACUCAAGCCUUCCACAUGUUCAUGUCAGCUCUCCUUCAGCUUUUUGAUCGAUCGGGAAUGUUAUAUGGUGAGUUAGCAAGGUUUGUAUUUAGAUUACUUGGGAUCAGAACUAAGUCGAGAAGGAAUCCACAACGGGCUCCAGGUGAACUUCCUGGCCCAGAUGGACAAGCCCAGCAGUAUAUCGAAGGGCCAAAAGCUCCCAGUGGUUCAUGGGACAAUGUUUGGGGAGAUGGCAGUUCCUAGGCCUUCGGUUAAUAGACAAUGCGGAGUUUUUAGAUUGUCACCGGUGAAAAGGAAAACAUGAGCUUGGAUUGAAUCAUGUGUUGUAUUGGGUAUUAUGGCUCUAUGUCUACAGAUUUAUGGGUGGAAGGUUUAGUUUACAUGAUCAUAUUGUAAACUAUGGAGGUUAAAUAAGAUUUGAGACCAUCAGUAAGUCCCUUUGUAAUAAAGGCUGGAGCGCUUUGGAGUUCGUCAGGUGUUCAUCUUGGAAUCCAUAGUUGUUUGUUAAGUUCUUUUUUCCCCUAUGACGCUGUAUUCUGUGUUUUUGUUGAUUCUGUUUGUAUUUAAUUGUUAACUCUUAUUUUGUUUUUAUGAAUGUAACAGGGUUGGCCUUUUCUAAUGUACUCUGUUAAGACUCUUGGGUGGA